CUGUUACCGCCACCUUCAUGAUUUUCGCACUUCACUAAGAAACUUAGUGCUGCACCUUGCAUGGCAACAUGGAUCCUCAGCCAACCACCUUGGCUGCAUGCUAGCCGUGUGCGCUUACGCCUAGAUGUUCUUCCACCAAGAGUUUGGUCUCAAGCACGCAACAGACUCAAUGCAUCUCUCGCUAUCUCGACCCAGUCACCAUCCUCCAUCGAGGUCGAACACAUGCCUCUUCCACGUCAAGCACCUGAUAUGUCGGUUUUCGAGGAGAUGACUACAGAGUAUACCUCGGCCGUGUCUCAGUGUUCAUCCGUAUAUACCCCACAGACAUCGUCUGCGACCCUCGUAAAUCUUAUACGUGCGGGGGAUUACGCAGUUGCGGACUCAUUGCGAAAAGAGAUGGUUGAUCUCAAGAUACCCAUUCAACCGCACACAAUCUACGAACGGGCAGCGAGAGCUGUUCUUCAGACGAAAGGGCUCAAAAAUCGAGCCGAAGCGUUUUCGGCAUGGCUUUCGUUGGUGCCUACUGCGACAGAACAACGGAGUACAUUCAAGGAUAUCCGCCAGCAGCUCUUUCGUGGAUCGAACUACCUUAAUAUCUCACUCGUCAUGCGCUUCGGUCUUGCCAUGGCAUCAAAAGGGUAUCUUGCUGCUGAUGCACAGUCGCAAGUGUUGAGCACCCUUGCCCGCUAUGCGAGUCCUGCCACAACUGAGAAGUAUCUUUGCCAACUGGAAACAGCGGUAGAGGGUCUCUCAAAAACAGGCCACGUGGAAGUCACUCCAGAACAAUGGGCAAAUAUCUACAGCCUCGUUAUCAGAAACCAACUUCUCGCUGGCCGAGCGGAGCACGCCCUUCAACUUACGCGCGUCGCUGCAACACGCGGACGUCAAGUCACAGACUUCACGUUUAAAUUCCUCUUAGAGCACUCCCCAGACGAAGCAUUUACAGCCAGCGUCCAUGAAUUACGCAAACAAAUAUCCAGUAAUCCUUACAGCAUCCCAGACGUUUGGCAUAAGCGCACUUGUUCUAACACCGACACCCUUACCCUGGCUUCCCGUCUGCGUUAUCUCCGACGCGCUAUAAUCUCAAAGAACCCUCCCACUUCGUACUCCCUUUCCGAAUUCAUGAAUGCCUACCAUGCCACCGGGCGUACACGUGCCUUACUCACUCUGCGGAAAAAAGCUUUCCAGCACUCUCACAAAGCCAAGUCCCUAUGGGUCAUGGCAGAGAUGCUCUACCACCGUUCCCGCAACGAGCCUCAACUCACCCUCGUCGUCUUCGCAUACCAUUUCCACAUGAUCGGCGUCCCUCGUAGAACUAUAUUAAAAGUCAUGAGACUAAUAUCUAAGCGCCGUGCUUCGCUUUCCCAAAGAACAUCGCUUCCAAAGCACAUGUUAAAUCACCAAUACGAUAUCUCAGAGAAGCUAUGGCCGACACCCUACCACACUGCUCUCGUAUGGGAAGCGCUUGUUUGGUCAACGCAAGAGCGCGAUCACGAGCGCAUGUACAAAUAUCUCCUCGCCAUCGCAGAUUCAAGCACCUCACAGACGCCCAUUUCUGAGCCCGGCUCCAAAUUCGCGCCAUCAUUGCUGCAGCUCCCAAAGCGCGCCGUCGAUGCGGCUCAUUUUUCGCCCUUCAUAAAGCUGCAUGCCAAGCGCGGUCGGCCGGAGCAGGCGGCGGGCGUCUUGGGGGAUAUGGUGAAGUUUGGGUUGAGACCUGGGGUCGUGCAGUGGAGUAUUGUGGCAAGAGGGUUUGCUGAGUAUGGGGAUCCGGCUGUGGCGGUCUCUAUAAUCGAACGGCUUGAGGAAGAUGAUGUAUCGCAGGUUCAGGCAGGCACGAGCGUUGAUCAAGCGGACCGAGCGCCGCCGAUUCUGGACAUUGGGCUCUAUACGAAUGUACUCAGGGGGUUCGUCCUUGCAAGGAGGUUGGAGCAUGCACAGGAUAUGGAGAGGAGGAUUCGACAGAGAUUUGAGUAUGUCGAUGGCGAGUUGAGGGCGACGGAUGAUGCACUGCAUCUGCUGCGGAAUCUUGAAAGACAGACGGCGAGUUGACGGGAGGCGGUACGAGUAUUCUUGAUUGUUCUAGCGUAGAUGAAUUCAAUAAGUUUCACAGCU